AAAAGCAAAGCAAACAAACAGCAGCCGGAGAUGGACUCGGAACCGGAACCAGACCCGGAACCGCCGGAAAAGGACAAAAGUGCAUCGCGAGUGAACAACAAAACUGUAAAACGCAAGCGCAAGGAGAAGGAGAAAGGUGGUAAAGUGAAAAGCAAGAAACUAAAAACCGAAACAAGUGACCAUAGUGAUGGGGAGGAUGGGCUGCAGCGGGACGAAGAUAGGGUGAAUCUCAAAAGCGAAGAAGAGCCCGAUUGGUGCGAACCCGAACGAAAACGGUACAAAAAGGAUCACCAUGGUGAUGUGGGAGAGGACGAACCUGCAACGACACCGUUACAGGCAGGAGAUGGUAGUGGUAUGCAGUUGGCGGGUGGUAAAAUGGAUGAUCUGAAGGAGGAGGAGGAGGAGGAGAUUUUCCAGUGUACGAGAGCAAGAAGAGGCGGCGGUGAAAGCGCUGCAGGAGAAAGAGAAAAAGAAAAACAGUUCUAA